AUGUGCAGACCAACGUUAUGGCUCGUGGUCGUGGCCUUCGCGACCCUAGGGUCUUCUGUAUGCCCCAUGAUGGAUGGCAACAGCGACCCAGCCACACUCCGCGCGAGACAAGCUCAGUCAGCGCCCCCGGGAGGGAACGCGGAAUUCCUAGACCAGUUCUCGAUAGACGACACGGGCGCCUUCCUGACCUCGGAUGCCGGUGGGCCCAUAGAAGACCAGGCAAGCUUAAGGGCUGGUGCUCGAGGACCCACGGUCCUGGAAGAUUUCAUGCUCCGCCAAAAGAUCAUGCACUUUGAUCACGAGAGGGUACCCGAACGAGCUGUGCACGCCCGUGGUGCCGGUGCAUUCGGUACAUUCACAUCUAAUGGCGACUGGAGUAAUAUUACCUCUGCUUCAUUUCUCAGCGCGCAAGGAAAGCGCACCUCGACGUUUGUGCGCUUCUCUACGGUGGCUGGUUCAAGGGGCAGUGCGGACCUGGCCAGGGACGUACACGGAUUUGCCACUCGAUUCUACACAGACGAGGGCAAUUUCGACAUUGUUGGCAACAACGUCCCGGUCUUCUUCAUCCAGGACGCUAUUCAGUUCCCAGAUCUCGUCCACUCCGUGAAGCCGAGUCCGGAUAACGAAAUUCCUCAAGCUGCUACCGCUCAUGACUCUGCGUGGGAUUUCUUCAGUUCUCAGCCGUCUACCCUCCACACCCUGAUGUGGGCCAUGUCCGGUUUCGGCAUCGUCCGCUCUUACCGUCACAUGGAUGGCUUUGGAGUCCACACUUUCCGAAUGGUCACCGAUGAUGGCACUUCCAGACUUAUCAAGUGGCACUGGAAGUCAAAGCAGGGCAAGGCAAGCUUCCUCUGGGAAGAGGCUCAGGUCUUAAAUGGGAAGAACGCCGACUUCCACCGCCUCGACCUCUGGAAUGCGAUCGCGUCCGGAAAUGGGCCUGAGUGGGACCUCGCUGUCCAGAUCGUGGACGAAAGCCAAGCCGAGGCCUUUGGCUUCGAUAUGCUUGACCCUACAAAGAUCCUUCCCGAGGAACUGGCACCUCUCCAGGUAUUGGGCACGAUGAAGCUGGAUGUAAACCCAACCAACUAUUUUGCCGAAGUGGAGCAAGUCAUGUUCCAGCCCGGGCACAUCGUUCGGGGCAUUGACUUCACCGAGGAUCCUCUCCUACAAGGCCGUAUCUUCUCUUACCUCGAUACUCAGCUCAACCGUCAUGGUCAGAAUUUCGUCCACAAGAACAUCUUCCCCUAUACCCCAAGUGCGCUGAGCGGAGGAAUCCCCAUGCAGGCCAAUGCAACCCAGGGACGGGGUUUCAUGACAUCUCCACAGAGACAAGUCGGCGGCAACCUCGUGCGGGCCCUGUCUCCGAGCUUCAACGACCACUGGAGCCAGCCUCGCCUGUUCCUGAACUCGCUCACGCCCCCGGAGCAGCAAAUUCUCGUCAACGCGAUCCGCUUCGAAACGAGCAACGUCAAGUCCCCCGUCGUGCGCCAGAACAUCGUCACGCAGCUCAACCGGAUCUCCAACGACCUCGCUGGGCGUGUCGCCACCGCCCUUGCCAUCCCAAAACCAGCACCGGAGCCGACGUUCUACCACGACAACAAGACGACCGGGCUAAACAUCUUUGGCGUGCCACUCCCCACGAUCGCCACCCUGACCGUCGGGAUCUUGGCGAGCACCGCGAACCCAGCCUCAGUGCAGCAGGCGACAGCCAUCCAGCAGCGCCUAUCUCAGAACGGCGUCGUGGCCACCAUCGUCGGUGAGUCCCUCACCCAAGGGAUAGCAGCGACGUACUCGCAGUCCGACGCCUCAGGCUUCGACGGCAUCGUGGUGGCAGAGGGUGCCGAGGGCCUCUUCCAGCCCUUCCUGCAGAACACAUUGUUCCCGCUCGGUCGGCCCAGCCAGAUGCUUAUCGACGGCUACCGGUGGGGCAAGCCCGUCGGCGCCGUCGGCACGGGCUCGGCCGCGCUGGCUAUGGCGGGCAUCCCGACCACCCCGGGCGUCAUUACCAAUGUCGCGGACGUGGAGACGUUGGCCACGCAGAUGGAGGAUGGCCUCAGGACGUUCAGAUUCUUGGACCGUUUCCCGCUGGACACGUCUACCGCGCAGGCCAACAACGCUCCCUCUGGGAGUACGGCGUCUGGGGCGACGCUUGCCCAGGCUGUGACUGCGGGCGGGUCCCGGCGCGUUGUCAGCUCGGCUGGUGUGUUUGUCGGUUUCGUGGUGGUCGUGUCUGCCUGGGUGUCCCCUGCUCUGUGA